GUAGCGAGAUGGGUGGGAGGGCUGUAGUCGACCCCCAGAAACCUCCAAAGUUACUCCGACUCUGUCUGUCUCUGUCGCAGCCUCUAUCCCGACCAUGCUCUCUCGUCUCAUCCCCAAAUCCUCCCAUUUUCGAUUGUUGUCCAACCUUUACUCAAAAUCCCAAUCAUAUCCUGCAAGCAACAACAAUCUUACUUCGAUUUUGGUAUCCUCGCGGUUUCUUUCAACCAGUGAUAACAAUAAUAACAGCAACAACAGUUCUAAAGACAAAUCUACUGGUUCAUGGCAAUUCACCCGAGAAAGUGACGGAAAACUUGACAAUUUCUUUAGUGAGGACUCCGGCAAUCUCGCUGGGAUCUCCGGGACCGAGUCUUUGGCUGGUGGAGAAGACGAUGUAUUUGGAGGAGCUGAUAAGGAGACGGCAGAGAAAGUUGUCGGUGGUGAUGAGUGGAUGACUGCGGAGGGAUACAAACCAUGGAGCCUUUUGGAGGAGGAGAAGGACGACGUGUUUGAUAUUGGUGAGGUUGCAGCGGAGGUUGGUGAAACCGGGAGUGAGGAGAGUAGUAGUGUUAGUUUGGAGAUGGAGAAGAGUGAAGAGAAUAAGAGGCUUGAAAUAGAGGAGCGACAGCUCACUGCCGUACUCAAAGGUCCAAACCAUGCAUUUGGUGAUCUUAUUGCAGCUUCUGGAAUAACAAAUGCAAUGCUGGACAGUUUAAUUGCUCUGAAGGAUUUGGAAGGAAUUGAAGGAUUACCACCUCUAAGUGAAAUAGAAGACAUGCGGUAUGAGAAGAAUACUAGAAAAUCCUCAAGGGCUGAUAUAGAGCGCCUGAAACAAGAAGAAAUUGCAAAAGCAAGGGUGAGGCAAGUAGAUGACAAGGGAAGGGCUUAUGGAACUGGAAGAAGAAAAUGCAGCAUAGCUCGUGUUUGGGUUCAACCUGGUGAUGGCAAGUUUGUUGUUAAUGAUAAAGAAUUCGAUACCUAUUUCCCGAUGCUUGAUCAUCGUGCUGCUCUUCUUCGGCCCUUUUCUGAGACAAAGACCUUGGGCCUUUGGGAUGUAAAAUGCACAGUGAAAGGAGGUGGCGUCUCAGGUCAAGUUGAUGCAAUUCGUUUGGGGAUCAGCAGGGCCUUGCAAAACUGGGAACCAGAUUUGCGUACUCCCCUGAGAAGUGCUGGUUUUUUGACGAGAGAUUCACGUGUUGUGGAAAGGAAGAAACCAGGGAAAGCAAAAGCAAGAAAGAGCUUCCAAUGGGUCAAGCGUUAAUCAAUGUGCUAAGCUUCAAUUCUUUUCAUGACCAGUUGUUUAUGGUAUUUCAAUUUUGUGUCUUUUAGAGCUUCUUUCCUAAUGCAUCUUUGUAAUCCUCCCUUACAUCAUCCGUCCAAGAGAGGAGUUCAGAAUUUUGUAGAUUUGAUAGUCAAUGAAGCUUGUUUUAUUUUGAAGUGACAUUGUAAUCUGUUUGCAUUUAUGGAAAGAACGUAUUUGGCACUGCAA